GUAUCCACACCUGAGCCCCAAGUACAAGGAGUCGUUCGAUGUGGGGAGCGACAUCUUUGCCAAGUUCUCGGCGUACAUCAAGAACCCACGCAAGGAAGCAAAUAUCAAUUUUGAGAAGGCCCUGCUGCGGGAGUUUCAGCGGCUGGAUGUCUACCUAAACGCUCCUCUGCCCGAGGAGAUUGACCAGGACAGCAUGGAGGACAUCACCGUCUCCAAGAGGAAAUUCCUGGACGGAGACCACUUGACGUUGGCUGAUUGCAACCUCCUGCCCAAACUGCAUAUCAUCAAGAUCGCAGCCAAAAAGUACCGCGACUUCGAGAUCCCAGCGGACAUGACGGGUGUCUGGCGCUACCUCAACAAUGCCUACGCCUGCGAUGAGUUCAGCCACACAUGUCCCGCGGACGAGGAGAUAGAGCACACCUACGCCAGCGUCGCCAGGAAGAUGACCUAACCCCACUGCGGG